AAACAUGUACGGUACACAAUACCAAGAGAGGUCAAAAGGCUGAGGUUUAAAAAUGACACAAUUAAUACUGCAGAUUAUUUCCAUAAUGAUGUGGCAACAAGGUGUUUAGACCAAUAAGCUGCUGGGCUAAAUGAUUAGUAGGUGAGAGAGAGGGCGGUUAACUUUUGACACUUCAGAUUCCACGACAGAUUGUGUAUAGUAAAGAAAUUAGUCAACACCCAUACCUUACCUAGGAGUGGUAUGGGUGUGGAGCAAUUGGUCUGAUGUCAUUUUUGUCUCCUUUUAUUUUUCUUCUUUCUCACUUGGUUGCUCAGACAGGUUCAACUUUUACCCAAGCCAGUUUCGAACUUUACAAAAUACUCUGCAACGUAUGUUUAUACAAUCUUUUAAAGCAAGACAUGAGGAAUAUACACUAUCUGAAUAAUUCAGAGCUCUAAUGAUCAUUGUAUCUGUGGAUAUUGGCACAAUUUUUAAGAGAAGAAGAUGCGUGAACAUGAGCUUUAUGUCAAGUACACCCGGGUUUGGAUCCCUGACCCAGAUGAGGUCUGGAGGGGGGCUGAAAUCAUCAAGGAUUAUAAGGAGGGAGACUCAGUGCUUCACCUCAAAUUAGAAGAUGAAUCGACGUUAGAAUAUUCAAUUGGUCCCAAAGACAAUCCUCUUCCAUUUCUUCGGAAUCCUGAUAUUUUGGUAGGAGAGAAUGACCUUACUGCUCUCAGCUACCUCCACGAGCCCGCUGUGCUCCACAACCUCAAGGUCCGCUUCCUUGAAUCCAAUCACAUUUACACUUACUGUGGGAUUGUUCUGGUGGCCAUCAAUCCGUACGAGCAACUACACAUCUAUGGAGAAGAAGUCAUCAAUGCGUACAGCGGCCAGAACAUGGGGGACAUGGACCCUCAUAUAUUUGCUGUGGCAGAGGAAGCGUACAAACAGAUGGCCAGAGAUGAGAAGAACCAGUCGAUCAUCGUAAGUGGAGAGUCUGGAGCCGGUAAAACGGUUUCUGCAAAGUAUGCCAUGCGCUUUUUUGCCACAGUGGGAGGUUCAGCAAAUGACACCAGCGUCGAAGAGAAAGUACUGGCCUCCAGCCCCAUUAUGGAGGCAAUUGGAAAUGCAAAAACCACCCGCAAUGACAACAGCAGCCGCUUUGGGAAAUACAUUGAGAUUGGCUUUGAUAGGAGAUAUCACAUCAUCGGUGCCAACAUGCGAACGUAUCUGCUUGAGAAGUCCAGAGUAGUAUUUCAGGCUGAGGAAGAGAGGAACUACCACAUUUUCUACCAGCUCUGUGCUUCAUCCUCUCUGCCAGAGUUUAAAGAUCUUACCUUGACCAGCGCAGAAGAAUUUACCUACACGUCUCUCGGAGAGAACAUUUUCAUUGAGGGCGUGAAUGAUGCUGAGGACCUUGUGAAGACAAGAGAGGCUCUUACAAUGCUUGGUGUGAAAGAGAACCAUCAAAUGAGCAUCUUUAAGAUAAUUGCCUCAAUCUUGCACCUGGGGAACGUGGGGAUUGUGUCGGAGAGAGAUGGAGAAUCCUGCCAUAUCAGCAGGGAUGACACUCAUCUGAAUCAUUUCUGUCGGCUGCUCGGUAUAGAACAGGAGCAGAUGGAGCACUGGCUGUGCCGCAGGAAGCUAGUGACUACUGCCGAGACCUACGUGAAGAACAUGCCGCACGCCCAGGCGGUCAACGCCCGAGACGCCCUGGCCAAACACAUUUACGCCCAUCUCUUUGACUGGAUUGUGGAGCACAUCAAUAAGGCCCUGCAUACCUCUUCUAAACAGCACUCCUUUAUCGGGGUGCUGGAUAUCUAUGGAUUUGAAACAUUUGAGAUCAACAGCUUUGAGCAGUUCUGUAUUAACUACGCCAAUGAGAAACUACAGCAACAGUUCAACUCGCAUGUGUUUAAACUGGAGCAAGAAGAGUAUAUGAAGGAGCAGAUCCCCUGGACGCUUAUUGAUUUCUAUGAUAACCAGCCGUGCAUUGACCUCAUUGAAGCCAAGCUUGGUAUCCUGGACCUUCUUGAUGAAGAGUGUAAGGUUCCCAAAGGAACGGAUCAAAACUGGGCGCAGAAACUGUACAGCAAGCAUUCAAGCAGCGAGCAUUUCGAAAAGCCUAGGAUGUCCAACACGUCUUUCAUUGUGGUCCACUUUGCAGAUAAGGUUGAAUAUCAAUGUGACGGCUUCCUGGAGAAGAACAGAGACACUGUUUAUGAGGAGCAGAUAAACAUCCUCAAGGCCAGUAAGUUCCAACUGGUUGCAGAUCUCUUCCAUGAUGGUAAAGACAUUGCCCCUCCCUCAGCCGCCAGCAAGACCAACAGGAUCAACGUCCGGCCCGCCAAACCUGCUCCAAAAGGUCACAACCGUGAGCACAGGAAAAGCGUGGGCACCCAGUUCAGGAACUCUCUACAUCUUCUGAUGGAAACGCUGAAUGCUACCACCCCUCAUUAUGUGCGCUGCAUUAAGCCCAAUGAUUAUAAGGAAUCCUUUGUAUUUGAUUCUAGAAGAGCUGUUCAGCAACUGCGAGCAUGUGGAGUUCUCGAGACCAUCCGCAUCAGUGCCGCUGGCUAUCCAUCCAGGUGGACCUAUCCAGAUUUCUUCAGCAGAUAUCGGGUGCUCAUGACAAAGAAGGACAUGACCAUUGGGGAUAAGAAGCAGGUCUGUAAGAACCUGCUGGAGACCUUGAUCAAGGAUCCAGAUAAGUUCCAAUUUGGAAAGACGAAGAUUUUCUUCAGGGCAGGGCAGGUGGCCUAUCUGGAGAAGCUCCGCGCCGAUAAGUUCCGCUAUGCCUGCAUUAAGAUCCAGAAGACCGUGCGAGGAUGGCUACAGAGAAUUCGGUACCGCAAGAUCCGCAAAUCUGCCAUCACUCUGCAGAGAUACGGCCGGGGUUACUUGGCACGCAGACAUGCAGAGAUGCUUCGCCUGACCCGAGCAACACUUAUUUGUCAGAAGCAGUACCGGAUGGUGCAAGUUAGACGGGAGUAUCUGAGGAUCCGUCGGGCUGUGAUAACCAUUCAAGCGUUCGCCCGGGGCAUGUUCAUACGCAGGUUAUAUCAGGAGUUCCUGCUCCAUCACAAAGCCAUUGUCAUACAGAAGACCGUCCGUGGUUGGCUUGUGAGGAAGAAGUAUCUCCAUGCCCGAAAUGCUGCCAUUGUCAUCCAGUGUUUCUACCGUCGCGUACGUGCCAAGCGUCAGCUCAAACAGCUCAAGAUAGAGGCUCGUUCGGCCCAACACUUAAAAAAUCUCAAUGUCGGAAUGGAGAACAAGAUUGUGCAGCUCCAGAAGAAGAUGGAUAACCAGUCAAAAGAGUAUAAAACUCAGAACGAGCAGCUGGCUGUCGCUAACACUGCUCUGGAAUCAGAGGUCAAUAAGCUCCAUAAAGAGCUGGAGACCAUUCGCAUUCGACAGGCUGCUGGCACUCCGGUGACAUCACUGCAGGAAGAGCUUGAGAAGUUGAGGGCGGAGCUCCAGGAAGCCCACACCCAGAGGAAGCAGAUAGAGGAGGAGUUCAGCAACGAGAAGCAAGGGCUCGAACAGAGGGUAGAGGAGCUGGAGAAAGAGAACACGCUUUUGAAGAAGGAAAAAGAAGAGAUGAACCGCAAAAUCCAGUCUUCCACUCAGGGUCAAGGAGGUGAUGUGUCUCAGAAAGAGAGCCACCUGCAGGUGGAACUGGACGAGGAGAGGCAACGAUAUCAGAACCUGCUGAAAGAAUAUUCCAGACUGGAGCAGCGAUAUGAAAACCUGCAGGAGGACAUGUCCUCCAUGAAGUUCCAUCCCGGCCACCGGAGGAUCCCUUCUAACCAGAGCAGUCUGGGCUCGGACUCCAACUACCCCUCCAUCAGUUUGUCAGAGGCAGGAGACACUGAUGACACCAUCCAGCAGGUGGAGGAAAUGGGCAUAGAGAAGGCCGCCAUGGACCUCAGUGUGUUCAUGAAAUUACAGAAGCGAGUACGAGAGCUGGAGCAGGAAAGAAAGAGGCUGCAGACCAAUCUAGAUAAAGUGGAGGAGCUGAGCAAACACAAGGGUAGUGAGCCCAAGAGCUCCACGUCAGAGGAGGAUAUAAACGCAGACCUGGCCUACAACAGUCUCAAGCGGCAAGAGCUUGAAACGGAGAAUAAGAAGUUGAAGAAUGACCUGAACGAGUUGAGGAAAGCAGUGGCCGACAGGGCCUCCGAGAACAGUUCGUCCAAUGAGCUUCAAGAUGGCUACAACCUGCUGCUCAAUCAGCUCAAAGCGGCCAAUGAGGAGCUGGAUGUGCGCAAGGAGGAAGUCCUUAUGCUUAAGACCCAAAUUGUGAACUCCACGAGACAGUCUGAGAACAUCAACCACAUUAAUUCCAAUGAUGUAUCAGAAUGGACCAACAACAAGAAGCCUGUGGACGGGGAGGACAUCGUGGAUGCGCCUGAUUCAAAGAAUAAAGCACAAGACUGGGGUUUUUUGAAUGAAGAUGGGGAGCUUGGUCUGGCAUACCAGGGUCUAAAGCAAGUUGCCAGGCUGCUGGAGGCCCAGCUACAGACGCAGUCUCGACAGCACAAAGAUGAGUUGGAGGCUCUUCACACACAGAUUGAACUACUGAAGGACAAUUUGGAGAAGAAGCAGGACAUGCUGAACCACUUCUCCACACUUUCUCCUGAAGCUCUGGUGGAGUUCAGCGUGCAGCAGGAGAUCACACGUCUCACCAACGAAAACCUGGAUCUAAAGGAACUUGUUGAGAAGUUGGAGAAGAACGAGAGGAAGUUGAAGAAGCAGUUGAGGAUCUAUAUGAAGAAAGUGCAAGAGCUGGAAGUUUCUCAGGCCACUAAGAGCAGACCAGAGCUGACUCGUCAGUUCACGGUACAAAGGAAAGAAAAGGACUUCGAAGGCAUGCUGGAGUUCUACAAAGAAGAUGAGGCCUUGCUGGUCAAGACUUUAAUUACUGACAUGAAGCCCAAUGUCGUGUCGGCCACUGUCCCCUGCCUCCCUGCCUACAUCCUUUUCAUGUGCAUCCGUCAUGCCGACUACAUCAACGACGACCAGAAAGUUCAUUCGCUCCUUACUGCAACCAUCAAUGCCAUUAAAAAGGUCCUGAAGAAAAACAAUGAUGACUUUGAGAUGACCUCCUUCUGGCUGGCAAAUACCAGUCGACUCCUGCACUGUCUCAAGCAGUACAGCGGGGACGAGGCGUUUAUGACACAGAACAGUGCCAAGCAGAAUGAACACUGCCUGAAGAACUUUGACCUUGCGGAGUAUCGGCAGGUUCUGAGUGACCUUUCCAUCCAGAUUUAUCAGCAGCUCGCCAGGGUGGCGGAAGGCAUCAUGCAACCCAUGAUCGUAUCUGCCAUGCUUGAGAGCGAGAGCAUCCCCAGCCUGGCCGGAGUGAAGCCCAUGGGCUACAGGAACCGCUCUUCUAGUAUGGACUGUGAGAGUGGAGGUCCGACGGGCUACACACUGCAGGCUCUCAUCAGGCAGCUGGGACAAUUUUACACCACCAUGGCGGACCACGGCCUGGACCCUGAGAUCUGCCAGCAGGUGAUUCGCCAGCUCUUCUACUCCAUCAAUGCAGUGACCCUCAACAACCUGCUGCUGCGCAAAGACGUCUGCUCCUGGAGUACCGGCAUGCAGCUCAGGUACAACAUCAGUCAGUUGGAGGAAUGGCUGAGGGGUAAGAAUCUGCACCAUGGUGGAACCGUAGCCACCAUGGAACCUGUUAUUCAAGCUGCCCAGCUGUUGCAGGUGAAGAAGAAGACCUCGCAAGAUGCAGAGGCCAUUUGUUCGCUCUGUACAGCCCUCAGCUUACAGCAGAUUGUGAAGAUUCUGAACUUGUACACGCCACUCAACGAGUUUGAGGAACGAGUCACUGUGUCCUUCAUAAGAGACAUACAGAAUCGCCUCCAAGAUCGGAUAGAAAACAACCAACUGCUGGUGGACACAAAGUACACCUUCCCUGUGCUCUUCCCCUACACUCCUUCAGCGCUCAGUCUGGAAACCAUACACAUCCCUGCCUCCCUCAGCCUGGACUUCCUCACGCGGGUCUGACAUCUCAAUCUCUCCGUCUCACUCUGAGCUCUAUCGAGUCAGACCUGCGGCCUGCAGAAAUGAGAGCGGGCCCCUUCGCAGAUCUGCUAACCCGCAAACUAACAACAACCAAACGUGGGAUUUACAGUAUCGGCAUUUAACAAGACUUACAGUCUCCCUGACCGACUAACUGUGGUGCAGUUUCAGUGAGCCCCGAAAGAUGAGUGGUGUAAAUAAGCUGUCUGCCUUUGACUUUUCUUCUAUAACAUUCAACCAGUUUUUUCUGGGCUACUGAUUAAUACAAGGAAGACUGUUGUUUGAAGAAAGUUAAAACACUAUAUUUGGUUUGGGAUGUGUUUGUCUUUGACUAAUUCUUAUUAAUUGAGUUUAAUCUAAACAAAAGUAAGAGGGUUUUGGGCUACUGACAUGUAACACUAAUGCAAGAUGUGCGUGUCCACACUCAUGUAUCUGUAUUAGUAUGCACUGAUUUCUUUGUGUUUGUAAUGGAAAAGUGUCUUUUAUUUCCCUUGCUUGUUCUGGAGCACAGUCUCAUCUCAAAAACUUGGGCUCCCACUGAAGCAACACCACCGUCUCAUUUUUGUUUUCUAGGAGAACUUUUAAAAUCGGCUGCCAAGAUUUAUCCCCACAACAUCUUGCAGAAAGAAGCUGGACAUCUUUGCAUUGCACUGGCUGUUGCCAGUGACCAAUCUGGAUCAGUAUCUCCGAACAGGGUCUUUUUAAGCUUUUCUUUUCUCCCCACGUGUUGAAGAAUCAGUUGCAGAGACUUGGAGCCCUGAAUCAGUUAUGUCACAGGGCCAACGAAUUGAGCAAAUCAUGAAAGUGACAUUGACAAGUUGAAGUAUGUGGAGCAGAGAGGACGAGGAUGAGGACAAUGAGAGGAGUUUGAGCUGGGAUGUUUAAUAUUCUAUCGAAAUAAAUAAUCCUAUGAUUGUUGUUUGUUGGUGGGAUCUAGAAUGUGCCGGAGGGCAUAUGCAAGUAUGAUGAAGAAACAUCUCAAGAGGCGUCAUAUAAACUGGGAUGAGUUGUUCGGUGUACAGAAAAGACAUUCUCAAAACUACCAGGUUACGUCAUGAAAGCAGUUAUCACAAUUUACUUGAUACAUUUGCACAGCUCUGUAAAUGAUUACGUGCAAUCAAAUAGCAAUAACCAUUCACUGUUUACUUUAAAAAUUAAGGAAAAAACCCUAAUAUUUUAUACAUUCUCUUACAAUUUUCCCUUUUUUUAUAUGUUGCCAACAGAAUGGGCUGCUCUGAAAGAAUAGUGCAUCAUGUCAAUGUAGGAUACUGUACUUUUUUUCAAAGUGAUCAUCUUUUAGCUUUAGGGUUUCAAAAUUUCUACAAAACAGUCCAAUUAUCAUGUAUUGCACUAUCAUUUUCUGGAUGUAAUUAAAAUAGUUCUUUCAAUGCCAAUAAAGUAAGAACUAUA